GGAGCCGCAGCCUCUGCCGCAGCGCCCCCGCCUCCCAUCCCCUCCCCUGCCGUCUCAGCCGGAGCCGCCUCCCGCACUCUGGGUUAUGGCUGUCAAUGUGUACUCCACUUCCGUGACCAGUGAGAAUCUGAGUCGCCAUGACAUGCUUGCGUGGGUCAAUGACUCUCUGCACCUCAAUUAUACCAAGAUUGAACAGCUCUGUUCAGGGGCAGCCUACUGCCAGUUCAUGGACAUGCUCUUCCCUGGCUGCGUUCACUUGAGGAAGGUCAAGUUCCAGGCCAAACUAGAACACGAAUACAUCCACAACUUCAAGGUGCUGCAAGCAGCUUUCAAGAAGAUGGGUGUUGACAAAAUCAUUCCCGUAGAGAAGUUAGUGAAAGGAAAAUUCCAAGAUAAUUUUGAGUUUAUACAGUGGUUUAAGAAAUUCUUUGACGCAAACUAUGAUGGAAAGGAUUACAACCCUCUGCUGGCGCGGCAGGGCCAGGACGUAGCACCACCUCCUAACCCAGGUGAUCAGAUCUUCAACAAAUCCAAGAAACUCAUUGGCACAGCAGUUCCGCAGAGGACGUCCCCCACAGGCCCCAAGAACAUGCAGACCUCUGGACGACUCAGCAACGUGGCUCCGCCCUGCAUCCUCCGGAAGAAUCCCCCCUCAGCCCGAAACGGUGGCCAUGAGGCUGAUGCCCAGAUCCUUGAGCUCAACCAGCAGCUGCUGGACUUGAAGCUGACCGUAGACGGACUUGAGAAAGAACGAGAUUUCUAUUUCAGCAAAUUGCGAGACAUCGAGCUGAUCUGCCAGGAACAUGAAAGCGAGAACAGCCCCGUCAUCUCGGGCAUCAUCGGCAUUCUCUAUGCCACGGAGGAGGGAUUUGCACCCCCUGAGGAGGAUGAGAUUGAAGAACACCAACAGGAAGACCAGGACGAGUACUGAGGGAGGCGCCAGCCCUGGCUGACUGCAGCUUCCCUGCCCACCCCCACUCUGCCCACCCCACAUUAUAGUCCUUUCCUUCCAGCCAGUCAGCCAGCUGGGUGCUUUGUGUCAGUGCCACAGCAUUAGGGAGCCGGACAAGUGGGGCUCGGGGGGCGGGGGUUGGGCAGGUGAGAGGACGAGGCCCUGUCUGGGUCCCCUGAGUGGCACUGGCCCAGGGGACGUCCAGGACCCCUGUCCACUCCCCACUCCUAUUUAUUUCCGUUGUCUCUAUGCUGUGUUGGCCGACACUUUCCAGGGUGCCGCUGUCCCCCACAAGCCAGCCACCUGUUCCCUGGCAGCCAGCAGCUGUAUAUUUGACAAAGUCAUUGGUAUAUUUUUACUUACUGGAUUGCCCUUGCACUUUACCUGUUCUUUUCCAGGGCUGACAGCAGGGCUUGGGGUAGGCUCUCUGGCUUGGCUCCCCUUCCCUAGAGCCGAGACUGGGA